AAUUCCAAAAUUUUACUAGGCCUACUGUCACUAGCUGUAGCUAUCACAUCCACCGCUAAUGGCGCCAGAAUACUCUCGGUGUAUUCCUUUCCCGGCAAAAGUCAUUUUAUGAUGCAAAAAGCUAUAAUAAAAGAGUUGGUUAGGAAUGGACAUCAGGUCACGUUAAUCACAGCACUUUCUUUAGCGCCACUCAACUUGGGCAGCAACUACACUGAGAUACUUAUUGAGCCAGUCUAUGAUUUCUGGAAGGAUGUCAAAGAAGAUGCUGGCGCACGUAAUAUCUUCGAGUUCACCACCAUGGAGCUAGCUGGUUUCCUGCAGAUGUUACAAGUUUUAGGUGUUGCCACCACAGAGCAUGCGCUCAAGCAACGCAAAGUGCAGGACAUUAUUAAUGCCAAGCAAACCGAGAAUGUCUAUGAUUUACUGCUUGUCGAGCAGUUCUACCAAGAAGCCUUCCUGGCGCUCAGUCAUAUUUAUAAAAUCCCGGUGGUUAGUACCAGCACAUUGGGCUAUGAGAAUCAUAUGAGUCAAAUGUUUGGCAUAAUAUCGCCAUGGUCCUAUGUACCACAUGGUUUUCUACCCUACUCCGACCGCAUGAACUUCUGGGAGCGUUUGCAAAACACUUACAACUCACUCUAUGAGGAUCUGCAUCGCGAGUAUGUAUAUUUCCCUUUGAUGGACGACUUGGUGGCGAAGUAUUUCGGACAUUUGCCAAUUAACUAUCCGAAAGUAACUGAGAUGGAGAAAAAUCUGUCAGCCAUGCUAUUGAAUAGUUUUACACCUUUGACUAGCGCACGUCCCACCAUAGAUGGCAUGGUGCCUGUAGGUGGCAUGCAUAUUUAUCCACCCAAAGCUUUGCCAGCGGAUAUGCAAAACUUCUUGGACGAGGCGGAACACGGCGCCAUCUACUUCAGUUUGGGCAGUAAUGUGGAGAGUAAGGACAUGCCACCGGCUUAUUUAAAGAUUUUCAUCGACGUUUUUCGCAGUAUGAAGCAGCGUGUGCUGUGGAAGUUCGAAAAUGAGAGCAUCAUAAAUUUGCCACCAAAUGUUAUGGUGAAAAAAUGGCUGCCACAAAGUGAUAUACUGGCACACCCUAAUGUGCGCGUAUUCAUCACGCAUGGCGGUUUACUGGGCACACAGGAGGGUGUAUACCACGCGGUGUCAAUGCUCGGCAUGCCCUUUUACUGUGAUCAACACUUGAACUUGAAAAAGGCCGAACUCUACGGUUUCGCCAUCAGCUUGCACUUCCAAUCCAUCACUUAUGAUGUACUAAAGUAUGCGCUUAUUGAGCUGCUGGAGAAGCCCAGCUAUCGUGCCAACAUCAAACGCAUAUCGAGCAUUUUUCACGAUCGGCCGCUGAAUGCGCGUGACACCGCCGUCUAUUGGAUCGAGUAUGUGAUACGCCACAAGGGUGCUAAGCAUUUGCGCGCCGCUGGUCUCGCCUUGAAGUGGUAUCAAUUCUAUUUGCUGGAUGUGAUAGCUUUUGUUGUUGCUGGAAUUGUGCUGGCUGUGCUGGUGUUUGUUGGUUUGGUGUGCUUCGUUUUGCGUUGCCGUGGCAAUGGAAAUAAACAGAAGGAGGAGAAGAAGCAGAAGAGUGGGUUUUAAAAGAUUAAGCGCUUCCUCGAUAAUUACUGUCAAAGUUGGCGAGAUGAUAUAGAGAAGGAUAACCUCAGCGUAACCUCAGAACUUCACUCUACUUAUGCGGCAAUCUUCUUCGAUUUGAAAUCUUUCGUCGUAUUUCUUUUCCCAAUCAUCAAUACACUGUUAUUUAAUAUUUGGCAAUACGGUGCAACAUGACGUAUGAGCAAUCUACAAUUCAUUUGAGCAUAACACAAGCACUCUGCAAUAUUUGCACCCAUUGACGUGAUGUUGUUUGUAUGUAAAAUAUAUUUUUAAUCUCAGCUGUUAAUUUAAUUUAUAAUCAGUUCUUAAGUAACGAUCAAUUUUGUUCACUAAAGGCAAACCAAUGUUUCACACACUUCGAGGCUUUCUUGAUGUUUGUAGCAAUCGAUUCAUGAUGUAUUGUUAGGAAGAGCAAUAAACGCAAGAGAAAAGGUUAAUUUCGGUUGCAUCGAGACUAUAAUACCCUUAACGGAUGCAAAAGAUUUCUAACAAGAACUUGAUUUUGAUCGGUCAGUUUUUAUGACAGCUAUAUGCUAUAGUGAUCCGAUCUGACCAAUUUCUUUAGAGAUUAUACCAUUUUCUUAGACCAUAAUCCGUGCAACAAUACUUGAAGAUAUUUCAUUAAUAAAAAAAGUUUUCCAUACAAA